AUGCAUUCAGCGUUGAAUCGCUUACAAGCCGUGUUUGGCUUCUUCACCACCGUCGCAUUGGUAGUCGCCGGAGCUGCUGCACUCUCCGUGCUAUUGUUUCCCACCGAUGCGACGACGGCCUCGGUCUCAUUGAAGAACGUCCAGGUCGUCAAAGGCCGACCCCAUUACUACUCCACCAAACGUGAAGAAUACGCCCAGAUCCGCUUCGAUCUCGACGCCGACCUCACCCCACUCUUCACCUGGAACACCAAGCAACUCUUCGUCUACGUCUACGCCACCUAUUCCUCCUCUGACAAGCCCGACUCCACAUCCACCACCCGCGCCUCGGAAGCAAUCAUCUGGGACUCGAUCAUCCCCGCCGCUCCCUCCCCGUACUCCUUCGACCAGCUCAAGGAGAAGACUCUCUCUUUACUCCCCGCGUCCCUGAAAUCAGGAACAAGUGCAUCCUCCAAGCGCUCCGCCAAGCCCAAGUCCAGCGCCAAGUCCCAGAAGAAAGAGAAGGCGAAGAAGCUCGAGACCCCGGGCGUGCUGCGUCUGCGCGGACAGAGAGCCAAGUAUCAGAUCAGUGAUAUCACGGGCCGACUGGCGGGACGCGAGAACGUCACCCUGUCGGUGGGCUGGAAUGUGCAGCCGUGGGUCGGGGCGUUGUGGUGGGCGCCUGCGACGGGGGCGGUGCCUCACACGCAGGGUCAGUUGGUGAGUGCGGAGAGCUUUGAUUUCCCGGCUUUGAAGGGGGCGAAGAAGCCUGUUGAGGGGGCGCAAGGUACGCAGGCAAGUGUGUAA